UGACGUCGCAUUCAUAAUUUAUUUACUCUAAUGUCUGUGGACGUUUUCUUACGAUUUUAAACCACUUUUCACAUAAUUUAGUAAGUGGAAAUCGACAGGGACAUCGAACAGCUUCUGGAAAUCAAGAAAUUAAUAUCAGCAGCGACGAAAUCGGCUUGAAAACUUGUUUUCUUCGCCAAAAACCACCUGUCAAAAAUCUAUUUAUAGAACUACAGCAUGGCAAGUCCUCGUACACGUCGAAAACUAAAAGAAUUAAAGGGUGGGGCUGAUAACGACAGAUGUUUCGAGUGUAAUGGUCACAAUCCACAAUGGGUCAGUGUAACGUAUGGAAUUUGGAUAUGUUUGGAGUGCUCUGGAAAGCACAGAAGUCUUGGAGUCCAUUUGAGUUUUGUCAGAUCCGUUUCAAUGGACAAAUGGAAAGACGCAGAACUACGCAAGAUGGAAGUUGGAGGAAACAGAAAGGCCAAAGAUUUCUUCGACUCACAGUCUGACUACAACAGUGGAAUGAACAUUCAUCAAAAAUACAACUCUCGAGCUGCUGCCUUGUAUAAAGACAAGAUAGCCUGCGAAGCUGAAGGAAAGACCUGGUCUGAAGAAACGUCGUCUGUUCCUAAAAGUUUCUCUGGAGGAUAUGGAGGAUAUGCGAAUUUAAAAACAAGUACCAGUGACAAAUCAAUAGAUUAUUUAGACAAUAGCAGUUCAUAUCACGACCGUGUGGAUACGGACAGAGAUUCUCUACCACCAAAUCAAGGUGGAAAGUACGUCGGAUUUGGAAACGAGCCAUUUGAAAACAAAUCCGAAAAGAACGACUUGUUUGAGAAUACGAUGGCAUCACUUUCAUCACGAUGGUCUUCGUUUGCUUUGGGAGCCACAAAAUUUGCUUCCACUGCUACAGAGAAAGUCAGUCAGUUUGCUGAUGUCGCCACCAAGAAGACCAAAGAAGUUGGAGUCCAGCUGAACCAAAAUGUGGUCAAGCCAGCCAAAACUAAAAUA